GGGCAGAAAUCCUUAAGGGUGGGAGGAAACGUUGGUUGGAUGAUGUGGAGAACAACACGCCACAGAGGUAACGAGAGCGAAACCUUAAAGCCUAUUUCCCACACAGUACUCAUAAUCCAUUCCUGCGCCACUAAAAGCUCUACCAUUUCAACCAUCGACACUUACGAUAACAAAACCAGUUAACAACCUCAAACUCCUCGCUCUCUUUUUCUUCUCUUUGUAACUAACUGUAACACACACACACACACACAGAGUGAGAGUGAGGGAGUAAUGGAGAAGAUGACACUCACCAUUAACGCUUCUCUCUUCUCCACAAAUACCAUUCUUCCAAAAACUUCUCUUCAACCCUUCUUCUCUAAUCAACUACUUGGCCUUCCCUUAUCUUCUUCUUUAGCCGCCACCAAACCUCGCCUUCAAUUUUUCUCUUACCGUAACAACACUACUUGCAGGCCCAUUAAGUGUUCUGUUUCUCAAGCCACAGACCCUAAAACUGAGAAGAAGAGGCAAUUGCUGAGGAGAGGGGACGUGAGAAACAUAGCAAUUGUUGCUCACGUUGACCAUGGAAAAACUACUCUUGUAGAUGCCAUGCUGAAACAAACUAAGGUAUUUCGUGAUAAUCAGUUUGUGCAGGAAAGGAUAAUGGACUCGAAUGAUUUGGAGCGUGAAAGAGGAAUCACAAUACUGAGUAAAAAUACAUCUGUUACUUAUAAAGACACAAAGAUUAAUAUAAUAGAUACCCCUGGUCACUCAGAUUUUGGGGGUGAAGUAGAGCGCAUCUUAAAUAUGGUGGAAGGAAUCCUUCUAGUGGUAGAUUCUGUUGAAGGGCCAAUGCCACAGACAAGAUUUGUCUUAAAGAAGGCUUUAGAGUUUGGCCAUUCAGUUGUCGUGGUUGUGAAUAAAAUAGAUAGGCCUUCUGCUCGCCCAGAUUAUGUUGUCAACUCUACUUUUGAGCUCUUCAUUGAACUAAAUGCAACAGAUGAACAGUGUGACUUUCAAGUAAUAUAUGCAAGUGGUAUAAAAGGGCAAGCAGGGUUGUCUCCUGAAAAUCUGGCAGAAGACCUUGGACCGUUGUUUGAAUCCAUCACUAGAUGCAUCCCUGGACCACGUAUUGACAAAGAUGGUGCACUUCAAAUGCUUGUUACAAAUAUUGAGUAUGAUGAACAUAAAGGGCGUAUAGCAAUUGGGCGCUUGCAAGCUGGGGUUUUAGAAAAAGGCAUGGAUGUACGGGUAUGUACAUCAGAAGAUUCGUGUAGAUUUGGAAGAAUUAGUGAGCUUUAUGUGUAUAAUAAAUUCAGUAGGGUACCUGCAGAUAGUGUGGAGGCUGGUGAUAUAUGUGCAGUAUGUGGAAUUACUGAUAUUCAGAUUGGGGAGACAAUUGCUGAUAAAGUUUCUGGUAAGCCACUUCCUUCCAUCAAGGUUGAAGAACCUACAGUGAAGAUGUCAUUCUCCAUAAACACUUCACCUUUUGUUGGCCGUGAGGGAAAGUAUGUUACUAGUAGGAAUUUAAGGGACAGGCUUGAUCGUGAACUUGAGCGAAAUCUGGCUAUGAGAGUUGAAGAUGGUGAAACAGCAGAUACAUUCAUUGUCAGUGGGCGUGGAACCUUGCACAUCACCAUACUCAUAGAAAAUAUGCGAAGAGAAGGAUACGAAUUCAUGGUUGGGCCUCCCAAAGUUAUCAACAAGAAAGUGAAUGAAGAAUUGUUGGAACCUUAUGAGAUUGCAACUGUGGAGGUGCCAGAAGAACACAUGGGAGCUGUUGUUGAACUGCUUGGUAAAAGACGAGGGCAAAUGUUUGAUAUGCAAGGAGCUGGAUCGGAGGGAACUACACUACUCAAAUAUAAAAUCCCAACUCGUGGCCUUCUUGGAUUGCGGAAUGCAAUUUUAACUGCUUCCCGAGGGACAGCUAUUCUCAAUACUGUCUUUGAUAGCUAUGGGCCUUGGGCUGGUGACAUUAGUACUCGGGAUCAAGGCUCACUGGUUGCUUUUGAGGAUGGAACAAGCACUUCUUAUGCAAUCUCUAGUUCACAAGAGAGGGGACAGAUGUUUAUUGGUCCUGGAGUGGAAGUUUAUAAAGGUCAAAUUGUUGGCAUCCAUCAGAGACCCGGGGACUUGGCCUUGAAUGUUUGCAAGAAAAAAGCUGCGACCAACAUACGUUCCAACAAGGAACAGACAGUGAUUCUUGAUACACCACUGGACUACAGCUUGGAUGACUGCAUUGAAUACAUCCAAGAAGAUGAACUUGUGGAGGUCACCCCUCAAAGUAUCCGAAUGUGCAAAAAUCCAAAGCUUGCAAAUACAAAGAAAACAAGGUAGACUUCCACUGUGAAGCAGUAACUUGCAAAUGUUUUUUGAGGUAUCACUGCUGAAGCUGCAUAACUCAUUAAUGCUGUUGCUGCUAAAGUGGUGAAGAGGCAAGCAAAUCUCUACCAUUGAUGUGUUUUCACAUAUAUUUUUCCAAAGCUGAAGAAUAAUAUAGGAGCUGGCUAAAAGCCAUAUUCAUUAUAGCUAUUGUUUACAGUUGAUUUACAGGGAUGAAAUUACACUGAAUUUUGUUUACUUGUUUUGUAAAGUCUAUAUAUGUUGGCAGCAAGGAACAUUUAUUUGGCAAAUAGCAAUAGAGCACAAAGAGAGAAAAAAAAAGGGGGCGGGGGUUCAAUUUCCAUGGAGAUUUCUAAUGUAGUCUCUGAUUUUUAAAUACCUUACCAACCGCCACAUAUGGCUAUGCAGCUUUAAGUGUCUGAAUACAUUGGCUGUUAUCCUAUUUCCAUUGAGUAUGUGAAGGUGCGUUUGGGAGUUGGUUUGCUUGAAGUGAAGGAGGACAUGAUAACUAUUUUUUAUUUAAAUUAAGAGAGUUAUAUAAUAUUUAAAAAAUAUAUAAAAAGGUUAAUUUAUUAAGUUUAUGCUAAUUUAUUAUUUUAUUUUUGAAAUUUGGUAAACCCAAAAUAUUUAAAAAUGAAAAAAUUGUCCUUCAAUCUCUUUCAAAACUUUUCAUAAACAUACUUUGAAUGGUGGAAAACUUUCCUCAUUAUGAAUGUGAUGAAAAUUGUUUUGGAUCAUACUGGAAAAGCCUUUUUCUGCAAGCAUCCUGAAUCAAAAUUUAUUGUAGUACACAUUCAUGUAAUUGAG